CUUCCUCUCUAUCAAAUACAGCUGCGCCAUUUCUUCUUUGUCCAUUGAGGAAAGCUAUCGGGCAUCACGAAAGUGUCACGACCUCGUGGACCAGGAAGGUUAUUUUUUUUUUGUAUUCAUUUGCUGCUGGAGGUCCCAGCGAAGCGAACGACGCUUUGUUUAAUUCCAUUCAGUGCCGUUCGCGUGGGGGGGGAUCUUAGUGAGCGUUAACAAAGGGCGAAUCUGAGUCCGCCAUCGAGUGGAACCGUGUUCACGAGAAAGCAAAAUGGAAGACACAAAAUACCUACCAGAGCUCCUGGCCGAAAAGGACAGCUUGGACUCCUCGUUUACCCAUGCCAUGAAACUUAUUUCUGCAGAGAUUGAUAGGAUCCAAAAAGGUGAACCCAAGAAAGAACCGGAGAAGGAGACAUACCUGGAUCUUUUUGCUACAAAGACACUCAAGCUCAAAGAGCGCGUACUUAUUCCAUCCAAGCAGUAUCCGAGGGUCAACUUUGUCGGCAAGCUUCUGGGGCCACAGGGCAGCACAAUCAAAAGGUUGCAAGAGGAGACUGGCGCAAAGAUUUCUGUUCUGGGUAAAGGUUCCAUGAGGGAUAAGAAUAAGGAAGAAGAGCUACGGAAUGGCGGGGAAGCCAAAUAUGCUCACCUUGCCUUGGAGUUACAUGUUUUCAUUGAAGUGAUGGCACCUAUUCCAGAUGCAUACCUUCGUAUGGCUCAUGCUAUGGAUGAGGUCAAGAAGUUCCUGAUACCAGAACCUGGUGAGUAUGACCCAUAUAUGGACCCCAACUUCCUCAAUGGAUCUCACGAUGGUUCAGCCAGGGGACGCGGGGGACACAUGGGAAGAGGUCGGGGUGGACCACCAGGUGCCGGACCAAGAGGUCGUGGACUUCCCCGUGGUGGUCCUCGUGGAGGUAUGCGCGGCGGAGCCCCACGGGGAGGAAUGGGUCGGGGAAAUUCCAGAGGUGGGCCAGCUGGUAGAGGUGGACCCACAGCUCCCAAUCGAGGGGGCGCUGCCUCACGAUCACGCCCCCCUGCAGCUGGGGCACCGAGAAUGCUUCCGGCUGCCGCCCUUUCGCACCAGCAAGUUCCCCCUUCAGGCUCCCAACCUAAACCCGAGUCCUAUGAAGACUAUCCUGCUUAUGAGGAUUCAUAUGCAGAGCCAACCUAUGAGGGGUAUGAAAAUUAUUAUAACCAGCAAGCUGUGCCCACGGAUACUGAGUAUUAUGACUACGCUCAUGGUGAGCCCCAGGAAGCUGCCUAUGAGCAAUAUGCUCAGGAGGACUGGGAGAACCAAUGGUCCGGCGCCGCAGCUGGAGGCAAAGCUGCGCCGGCCAGGCAGUCAAAAGGAACCUAUAGAGAGCAUCCCUAUGGAAGAUUUUGAACAUCUACUGGUAGAGAGUUGCCAUUGCAACUGUCUUCGAUUGUAACUCACUUAACGUUUCAAAGUAAUUUCCCUUAUUUUCAUCCCCCUUUUAUUGUUUAUUUUUAUGGUUUUGCUAUUUUUAGUAUGCAUUUUGUUUGUCAUAUUUUGCAGGAGUGGGAAGAUGCUAAGUUUUUGUCAUGGUUUACUGUUUCCAUUUAAUAACUGUUACGAUGAGUAGUUGGCAGUUCAAGGGUGACAAACCUAAGAGUCAGUCACAUUUUAGCGGUAGCUGGUUAUAUUUUAAUUAUAACAAAAAAUACCGUGGCAAAAGAAAAUACCUAGGAUGCAUAGUCAUUUACAAACGGAAAAACAGAUAACAAAUAGCUUAAUUUGCAUUGCAAUCUAAAAUAAAUCUUGUUUUAUGGUCCAACACAAAUCUUACAUCAUACAACUUGUAUUUUAUGAAGUUAACUAAAUCUUAUGUUAAUUAGCAAACAAAUAUGCUUGAGGAAUUUUGUCUUCUAAUUACUUGCAAAAAUUCUGGAGGCCAACGAGUUAGUUCUCAAUGUGUGUAUGGGAGCCUGCAGCCUACUCCAUAUUUUGUACAGUGUAGGACAAUGUUGCAAGACAUUAAAAUGCAUCAGUGUGUACGUUUGGUUAAAUAGGAUCCUAAAUGCGUAUAUCCAAAUGUUUUUCUGCAGUGCGAUGUUUCGGUUAAAACGUGAUUUAAACGUGGUAUUUUGCAUUUGUUGUGCUAAAAAAAAUUCGCUGGUGAAAAUGUAUUUGACGCUGAAUAAGAUACAUGUGUACUGUCAGUCUGAUUUUUCUUCAAAAGAGCAAAACAGUGUUUUGACAUUGAACCCUAAUGUUUUUCAAAUUUUCUAAACUACACUUGUAAUGUCACCAACAAUAAUAAAGCUCAUCAUUCCACGA